AUGCUUAGUGUGCGAUUCACUGCCUUGCGACAGGCUGAGAGAUCCAGAGCCCUCCUUCGUCUUCGGCCCAUCCAUGCCGUAGUUAGUCUUCGCCGGAAGUCAACGAGUCAUGAUGGCCCCAAAUCGACGACAGAGACCCGCCCCCGACAAUCGGGACAGCUCCUCUUUGACGGCCAAUCCGCCACGGUGAUAAAUAAGGACACAAGUCCGUCCAGCGAGAUUCACUUACGCCCGGACGCCGCUACAAAGACAGGAGAGCCCGUCGACGUCCAUCAGCACCAUCCCCUCCGACCCUCUGAAGAGGAUGUGUUCGACAAAUUACUACAAGCAGCAAAGGAGACGGAGAAAGCAUCGGAAGUGGAGUCGGAGGAAUUGCUAUCCAAGAUGCUCGAGCAACUAACUGCUGGAGAACGCGGACAUCUCUUUCAAAGCCGACAGACGACGCUGAGCCGAGACCACGAGAUAGCAGCCCUCCGUAUGGCGGGCGAUAGGGGGCCAGGAUCGGACCCGCGAGACCCUGAAAGCCCGGAAUCCGAGCUCCCGCUCCUCAAAUUACCAACGGAUGCGGCGCAACUAAAAGUGCUGCCAACAGGUUUUGAUGGCAUGACAGAGCGGGAGCAACAGGAGGAGCUGUGGGUAGUGCAAGCUGAAGAGCGUCUUGGCCGGGAGUGGGAGUUGGAAGAUCCUGGCAAGCAUUUUCCUUACAGCAAUGACUAUCCACCCUAUUCACCGUCUAAAGUGAUUGGGAUACUGCAUCGCUGGCGCAACAGAGCGUGGACCCCGCAGCAAUGGAGACUGGCGCGCGCUAUUGCCGGCAACCGGAGCCUGCGUCUUCCGGUGCUCACAGCACAGGCCUUUAUUCGCCGACAUGUGCUUCUAGCCCGUCAGCGCGGCGUGGAAUUGAAGAUGGAGCGUUAUCUGGGCGGUACUCAAGAGUGGAAGGCCCGGCUGGCGGAGCUCGAAAACCAAACGGGUGUGUCUGAGGCCGACAUAAAACAGUGGCUAUGGAUUCUCUCCCCCGAGUCUGGAGAUGUGCAGAUUCAGAGGCUCCUCAAGAGCGAAUGCCGCAAGCCCCUGUUUCUGCUUCAGCUACUUAUAGCUAAGGAUAGGAAGAUCCAGGAACCGGCUAACUUUCUCGGGCUGCUGCAGUUCCUGAGAGAAAACUAUGUGCUGGCAGACCGGCCGCAGGACGAGCUGGACCACCCAGCGUACAAGGGCCAGGGGCGAGCUAUGACGUGGUGGCACUUUCUGGUCUUCCUCUACCGCCUUGUCUACCAUUGCCGAGAAGGGUGGCCGGCAGCGACGCCCUUGUUGGCACGUCUUACAGCUGAUUACAUCGGCACGAUGCGCCUCGACAGUAAAGCACGGGCAUUAACGGGCUAUCAAGCUCGAUCCCUCGUCUUGAACAAGUCGCUCCAAUACUUCUCCUGGCCAGCACGCGUCCGCCCCAUUGACCACAUGGAACACAAUUGGGCAGGCCAGCGUCACCUGUUGCAGCUCGCAGCAACAGCCGAGCCGCCGCUUGUCAUGGACAAAAACGGAUACCGCGCCGUCAGGGCGGUCCUAAUCACCUUGAAGAAGACGAAGGGCGAGGCGAAAAACGCAGAUCGCGCCGCCAAGACGUGGCCACCCUAUCGGCGGACCUUGGACGGGAUAGACGAGCGACGGGACCCCGAAGAUGAUUUGAGCAGGAGCGCCAAAGCGGGCAUGCUAGUACGGGCCGCGGGCUACAGUGACGACUCCGUUGACCGAACCUUGAGUGCGCUUGGUGGGUCGAUGUUUGGUGAAGCACCUACAGUCCAAACCAAAUCAAUACCUCCAGCGUUUUUCUCUGGGCAUCUGGCCAGCCAAAACAUCUACUCCGAGUGGGCUGCGAGGCUGAGGGCCACGAGAAAUGCCCGGGAAGCCUGGAUAGUGUUCGAAAACCCGCCGGAGCCGGGUAUUCGACCGACGGCCCAAAUCUAUGGGGAAAUGUUCGACAGGCUCUACGCCCGGCCGGCCGUGGGGUCGUCAGCGAUCCGACCGGGAGACGUGAAGGAGGUGUUUCCGGUGGAAAACGGCAAUCUCAGCGAGUUUGAGAUUGCGAGACUCACACCGCCGACCCCAGAGGAACUGUACGAUAUCAUGCUGCAGCAGGAUAAGAUCAGGCCGACCGACUUCUGUCUUGCGGUGCUCAUUCGAAACUCUUCCUCAAGGCAGAUGGCACUGAGAUAUUUGGAUGAUAGCCCGUAUAGGCGCAAUAUAGAAAUGCUCAGGUUGCCCGCGUCGCAGGCGAGUAGUGAGCAGCUGCAAGCACUCUCCGAACUUCCGCCCAUGGUCUUCAACGCCUGGAUCACCAUGCUCUGCCGCAUACACACAAGAACACGAACGGGGCAGCGGCCCAUUGCCCGCAGGGCUCCGAGUCAGACGUACUCGAUCCCACAGAGUCCGCAUGGGCAUGCCGAAGACGCCCUCAAAGUGUUGCCAGGCGAUUGUAUCCCAGAGGCCAUCGCGCUCGCGUCGGCGUUCCAGGCGCGCAACACCAAAGCCUCACACCACGACCGAGUGCCAUGGCACAUGAUCAUGCAAGCUCUGGCCGGGACCAAGGUCCUGUACAGCGACAAGGGGGCCGAAUUUAACAUCAUAGAAACACUGGCGACUUUCCUAAGGAUCUACGAGCGGACGACGGCGUCCAAGGGCAUCGACCCGGUCUCGUUCGAGGCGCUAUGCCUCAUGAUCCGCAAGGCGCUGAAGCUGGUGACGUUCGAACGGGGCGAGGGCGGCAAGAUGGUCCCGCGCCCGUACAUCUCGUGCACCGACGCCAUCGAGGAGCUGGUUUCCGGGGCACACGGCAUAGCGGAUGACGUCGACGAAGGAGUGGAUGAUGGUGGAGCUACGCCGGGAAUGCUCCGCUAUAACGUCGUCGGGCGCCCCGUUUACAGAUACAUGAUGGCGCUAGCGUGUUGUGGCGACGGCGGUGAGAUGGUGCGCCUCAUGCACUGGCUCCUGGACGGGUGGGACCGCGAGUACAUUCGCGAGGAGGCCAAGACGCUGCACAGCCUCGACUACCACUACACGAUGCGCACGAUCGUCUACUUUGCCGAGACGGGCAAGGAGCUGGUCGAGCCGGCCGAGAUGGAGCUGCUUUCGGGAACGGCUCGAGAGCAUGCGUCGAGAGAAGGGCUGUACCUGGUUCUGGCCCAUGGAGGAAUGGCAGGAGGAGGACCAGGACCAGGCAGUCUUAUAACAACACGUCUUAGCUCUCUCUAUUCCUUACCGAGCAGCUCCGAGCAGAUGAGUAUAUCAGCAGCCUGGCCUUUUGAGGGUCCCGCAGACGCCGAUAUCUCACUACAUACCAACGGCCAGGAACAAGCGCCUAUUGAGGAGCUAAGCCCGAACGAACUUUUGACAGAACUCAGUCAUUGGCCAUGCUCUGAGACUGCAGAUCAAGAGGUCAAUGGACCAACCCCGAUUCAAGGGCCAGGCGAGGAGGACUGCCCCUUACAACCCUCGUCUCCGGCCCUCGCUACCAAUGGCGACUUGCUUUCGGGGGACGCCGGUGGAGGGUGGAAAUCCACAAAGCAAAUGGAUUACAGUCGACCUGCCGAGGUCGACUCUGGUGCAUCCGAGGUCAUAUUUGCGGGUGCCCAAGGCCAAGGCGAAUUUAUCGAAUGUGAGCUGAAUCACUUCAGCUUUUAUGUGGACUCGGUCCUCUACCCGUUCGAGAUGCGUCCGCUCCAGCAUCUGGCAACGAAACAAGGCCACGACCGUUUUUUCUUCGACGGGGUCCUCAAUAUUGGCGGUGUCAAGCAUUGCGUGGAAAAGGUUGAGGUCUCCGAGUUGCCAAUCGGCAACUAUGGGAUCGCCCACUCGACGACCCGAGGUCAGAUUUGGGUGCGUUCGAGAUUGAACUCGCAAAAAGAAGUAUAUUACCGCCUCGGCAAGCCCGCAUUGGAGUACCUGAGGUUCUACACUCCGUUCGUGUGGGUGGCAGAUUUGUCGAAGGACAUCGUUGACUUCUCGGCUUCCAUGAUCGACCGAGGGCGUCAAGUUGGCCUCGACUCUUUCAGGGCCAAAUUCACCCAAUGGCUUUACAAAACACAUGGUGCGAGACAAGAAAUCCAGCUUUGGCGGCGGAAACACCCUAGCGACGACUACCCCGGAGACACCAUUUCGACCCCCCGGGACGAAGAUACGACGGGCACCAAAUGGCGGAACAUGGCGUCCAAGGGUGCCACAGAGGAUGGCAGGUGGUUCGGCCUGGUCCAAAAAGUCCACGCGGGCAAGGACGGAUCGCGCAGCUUCGACGUGACCUGGUUUUACCGACCCGUCAAGACCCCUUGCUGCAUGAUGAAGUAUCCGUGGCCGAACGAACUUUGCCUCUCCGAUCACUGCACGUGCGAGGAAGGCCGCCAGUCCCGAGUCAAGGACCAUGAGAUCCUCGGUGUUCAUAAAAUCGAUUGGUUCGGGAGUCCAGAUGGGAGCAAGGGGGAGUUUUUUGUGCGGCAGACGUACAUCAUCGAGAGCCGCCGCUGGGUGACUCUACGGAAAAGUCACAUGGCAUGCUCGCAUGGCCCCGAGAAACCUCGGUUCAGGGCUGGCGACACUGUGCUCGCGGUGCUUUUCACCUCGCAGACGUACGCGGAGGCGUACGAGGUGGUCAAGGUCUUUAAGCAAGGCGAUAACAUGUUCGUGCGGUUGCGGAGGUUGUUACGCCGGAGCCAGGUCGACCCGCAAGCAGGCGCAGCCCCGAAUGAGCUGGUCUAUACCGAUCAGCUUGUGGUAACCAAACCAGACGGAGUGAUCGGGAAAUGCGCCAUUCGAUUCUUCAGACCGGGGGAGUCAAUACCGACCCCGUAUGAUAGGAAAGGAACAGGCAACCUCUUUUACAUCACGCAUCGGCUUGAGACGCCUGAUGAUGGCGAAGACGGAUGUGUCCCGCUCGGUGAAUUCCCAGCCUCCCUACGGCAAGGCUUCGAUCCGACUCGGGAAACAUUCCGAAAACUCAGGGGCAUGGAUCUGUUUUGCGGCAGUGGCAAUUUCGGCCGGGGGCUUGAGGAAGGCGGAGCAGUCGAGGUGAAGUGGGCGAAUGACAUCUGGGACCGGGCUAUUCACACGUACAUGGCGAACAGCCCAGAUUCAACGGCAAAGCCGUUCCUAGGCUCGGUGGGCGACCUUCUUCAGCUUGCCCUCGAGGGCAAGUAUGCCGACAACGUCCCCCGCCCAGGAGACGUCGAUUUUAUCUCGGCCGGCAGUCCUUGCCCGGGCUUUUCGCUCCUCACCCAAGACAAGACAACCCUGACACAGAUCAAGAACCAGUCCUUGGUGGCGUCGUUUGCGUCGUUUGUCGAUUUCUACCGCCCGAAAUACGGCAUCCUUGAGACGUGCAACGAUCGUCAAGCGCAGCACAACCGUUCCGAGAAUGUGCUUUCGCAACUCUUCUGCGCCAUCGUCGGCAUGGGCUACCAGGCCCAGCUCAUCCUGGGCGACGCCUGGUCACACGGUGCACCGCAGUGCCGGAAGCGGUCUUCAUCUACUACGGGGCCCCGGCUGCGCCUGCCGACGCCCCCGCUCCUUCUCCAUUCCAUUACCGACGUCAAAACCCACGACCUCGGGGAGAUGUGCAACAGCGAGCCUUUGUUCAGUCGCUCCUUUCAGUCGACCCCAUUCAAGUUCACCAGCGCGGCCGAGGCCACCGCCGACCUCCCCCUCAUCGGCGACGGCAAGGCGGAAACGGCCAUCGCCUUCCCCGACCACCGCACAUGCGGCGGCAUCACGUCCAAGCUCCGCCACCAGAUCGCCGCCAUCCCGACCCGCCCGUACGGCAUGUCCUUCUCCACAGCCUGGUACGGCAGCCGGCCAACCAACGGCAACCACCGCAACGGCGGCAGCAGCAGCAGCAGCAACAACAACAGCGACAGCGACAGCAACCCGGGGCGCAGCGGCGUCAUGACCCCCGCGGAACGGGCGCUCUUCCCCGCCGAGGGCGGGCGCGCCUCGCGCGUCUCGCGCGUCUCCAACGGCUGGCGGCGCGUGCGGCCGGGCGACGUGGUGCAGACGGUCACCACGCGCUGCCAGCCCACCGACGCGCGCGCCGCCACCGGCCUGCACUGGAUUGAUCCCCGCCCGCUGACGGUGCUGGAGAUCCGCCGCGCUCAGGGGUUCCCUGACCACGAGGUCCUGCUGGGUACGCCGGCUGACCAGUGGAAGUUGGUGGGCAAUAGUGUGGCGCGGCAGAUGGCGUUGGCGUUGGGGCUGCGGUUGCACGAGGCGUGGGUUGGCGGGAUGGGCGAGGUGGGAAGUGGUGGUGGGGCUGGUGCUGCUGGGCAGAGAGAGGGUAGGGGUAGGAGUGAAAGUGCUAGUGCCAGUGCGAGUGUGAGCGUCAUUUGCAGUGAGAGUAUGAGUGUGGGUGUGGCGGCUAGCGUGGGGGGGCUGUCCGUUGCGGGCGAGGAGAGGUCGGGCGUGGAGCGGAUUGGAUACCCUCCCCGUCGCAGUCCGCCCCGCGAGAUUGUUGACCUCACUGCGGCCGUUAAGGAGGAGCAUUCAGCAGGGCAAUCUUUCUACAGACGCAGCGACGCCCACGAGAUCAUCGACCUCACCGCAGGCUCAGACUCAGAUGGACAAACCACCACUACCCGCCGCCACAGCACCUUCCAGGAGACUGUCGAAAUUACCUCUGUUUCGCGGUCGACCUCGGCCACCUCAAGCGGUACGGGCAGGGCCUCAACAAGCACACCGACAUCUGCCAUUACAGAAAGGGCCAAGGCCGGCGGGAUGAGGAAGCGGCUUUUGUCACAAUCACUAAACCGGGAGGUACGACCACCCAAGGUUAUCCGGUUGGAGAGCGGAGACUCAACUCCGACCCCCGAGCGCGGACCCGGGCCGGAGCCGGAGCCAGAGUGGGAGGAAAAUGACUCGGAAUCCUGGACGCAGACGGGGGAGGAGCUUGGAUCGGUGUCCCCGUCGAGUUUGGCCAUGGGGGAGGAAGCUGCCACGCCGGUGAGGACCGGGCCGACGAUUGUUCGGCUGUUGACGCCGGAUGAGCUGGAGAGUGAUGAGAUGGGGUGGGGUGCCGAGAUGGAAUAG